AUGACAAACUUCGGACGCAUGCUGACGAACAUCGAAUUCUCGUACAAAAGCAACAAUGACUAUAGCCUUCAGCUGACUCGUUGGUUUUUAAUCCCGAUCGCAGCUUGGCCACAUGCGAGCACUUCGACGACAAUAGACAGAGUCUCACGAGUGCAUAUUCUCGCUUGCAUUUUCUUGAUAACGAUCAUCAUGGUGCCGUGUUUGUUGUAUGUAUCACUGGAAGAGAAAGAUGUCCAGAUGAAACUGAUCGCCAUGGGUCCGUUGAGUCACUGGAUUAUGGGCAUGAUUAAUUAUUGGCUGCUGCUAACGCGCAGCGGUGAUAUUCGUGAAUGUGUUCAGCACAUGGAGAUGGACUGGAAACUAGCACGUAAAAUUGAUGAUCAAGGAGUGAUGUUGCGAUAUGCGAAAAUCGGUCGCUUUGUUGCCGGAUUCUGCGCAAUUUUCAUGCAAAGCGGCACAUUUCUCUUCACCAUUGCUAAAGCGAUGACAUCCGUGCCUGUUGUCAUUGGCAAUGACACCACGUCGAUGCACCCGAUGACCUGCCCGAUUUAUAGCAAGUUCAUCGACACGAGAUUCAGCCCUGCGAAUGAAAUUAUGCUUGUAGUGCAGUUGGUGUCGUGUUUUAUAGUGAAUUCGGUUACAGUGGGCGCGUGCAGUCUCGCUGCGGUUUUCGCUAUGCACGCUUAUGGGCAGUUGAGUAUGUUGUUCUCAUGGUUGAACGAACUUGUUAACAAAGAUAAAAGAAACGAGUUCGCGGAGCAAAGACUGGCCGCCAUCGUAGAGCAUCACUUGAGAGUGUUGAGUUUUAUAUCGCGUAUGGAGAAUAUUAUGCAAUAUAUCUGUCUUGUGGAAUUGGUGGGAUGUACGAUGAAUAUGUGUUUACUUGCAUAUUAUGCUAUUACGAAUUGGAAUGAUUUUGACGGAGCGAAAAUAACGUCGUAUGUUAUGGUAUACGUAUCUAUGGCUUUUAAUAUUUUUAUAUUUUGCUAUAUCGGCGAGAUUCUCACGGAACAGUGCAAAAAUGUCGGCGAAAAAGCAUACAUGACGAAUUGGUAUGAAUUAUCGCACAAGACUGCUCUUGGUCUCGUUUUGAUAAUAGCACGAUCGAGCAAUGUUAUCAAAAUAACAGCAGGAAAAUUAUUUCAAUUAUCUAUCGCAACUUUUGGUGAUGUAAUUAAAACUUCUGUGGUAUACUUGAAUAUAUUAAGAACGAUGACACACUCCACAUAACCAAUAUUAAAUUAGGAAAGGUAAAAUAUAUAUUUUAUAUAGAACAAAUGCAAUACCGUUUCAAGAUGGAAGAAAUAUUUAAUAAAUAGAAUAAACCACUAUGAAUGCCAUUAAAUAUAUAUGUGUUUCUCAUUACGUUAUUUAAAAGCAUAUAUUGGCUAUAUUGAUUUUAGCUUAAGAUAAUUAUUUGAAAUUUCAAUAAAAUUGUUUGUCAUAAGAUCAUACUUAUCUCACGAGUUUGUAGAAUGGUUAUUAUAUUUAUAGUAAAGUAAAUAUGAGAGAGAGACUCGUAAUGAAGGAUAUGUGAACAAAUUAAAUAACUUUUCUGAUAAUGCUUUACUGUGCUUCUUGAGCUUACAUAAUUUAUAUGUUUUAAUGGCUAACCUUGUCUUUCUCUAACGCAUCCCGUUGUAGGACCGUUUAUAUUGAUAAUCGUAGGACUCUUUCCGUUUGUCCCUAUUUACAACAUUACUAUAGUUGA